CCGAUGUUCCUCUUCUCCCUUCUUCGAGAAACUUCCUCUUAUUCCCAAAGCCAAACCCACCACCUAUAAAAACCACACCACGGCCGAGGUUUCGUCAUCAGAAAAUCAGUUCUGCAUUUUCAUUUACAAAUCGUCGCCAAUCUAACAGACUAAUCGCUGCAAAGCGGGAUGGAUUUGAGGGUCAUGGAUUUUGAUUCUCCACUAUUCUCAACCCUGCAACACAUGCUCGACGCCGUUGAAGAUUCUGAUAAAUCUCUCAACGCUCCCACUCGCACCUACGUCCGCGACGCCAAGGCCAUGGCUGCGACACCGGCGGACGUCAAGGAGUACCCGAAUGCCUACUCCUUCAUCAUCGACAUGCCGGGGCUGAAAUCCGGCGACAUCAAGGUUCAGGUGGAGGACGACAAUGUGCUGAUGAUCAGCGGCGAGAGGAAGCGUGAGGAGGAGAAAGAAGGCGCCAAGUACGUGAGAAUGGAGAGGAGGGUGGGGAAGUUUAUGAGGAAGUUUGUACUGCCGGAGAAUGCGAAUACUGAUAAGAUCUCCGCGGUUUGUCAAGAUGGGGUGCUGACCGUCACUGUUGAGAAGCUGCCACCGCCGGAGCCCAAGAAGCCCAAGACAAUUGAGGUCAAAAUUGCUUGAAAUAUUGAGGGUUUUGGGAAUGUUUUUCUGGGUUUUUAAUAGCAAACAAUAUGGUAUUGUGGGUGUGCCCAGGUGGCUUUUGUUUGGGUUUGAUCUUGGUCAAUUGCUAGGCGUGAUGAAGAUGGUGAUCUCUUCAUUACACUGCAAUGUGCAGUUCUGAAUUUUCAGUACCGUCAAUAAAGGAUUAAAGUCUACCUUUUCUUUUC